UAAGGUCAUUCAAGUUUGGUUCGCCAUUGUUUGCAGUGGGACAACUGAAACUUUUAAAAAUUUCCAAAAUGGCAGAAACCGCACUUGAAAAAACAACGGAAAUAGGUGCAAUAUCGCCACGUGGCUGCACUUUAAUCACAGAAUUGCCAGAAAUAAUUAUUAAUACAUUUCAAUACUUGAAAGAUGAAGAAUUAGAUGCAGGCAGCCAAGUAUGUACUCUAUGCAGAGAUAUCAUCGUGAACAUAAUGUAUCAGCGAGUAACAAUGAUCACAAGGAAAAUUCCUCUUAUUGCAAUAAUCACCGCAAUACACGAAUCCGAAAAUCUACGUCCCUACGUUGGGUUCAAAGAUCAUUUUCAAUACAAUUGGUUUGUUUUAGGAGAUGAACCUGAACUUACGAUUCAGUCUAAAUAUGGUCUUAUUGGAUUCAGAGAAAGCAAACUUGCUUCUAUUCCAAGUCAUAAGUAUAUGUACUUUACGCAUUCAUUGAAUCGAAACUCUGUCACACUCCCUUUCCCGGCACAUCAUGAGUACUCUUCAACCGAAACAACCGAAAUACAAAUAUUGAUGUUUCCAAAAAUUCCAGGUUUCAAUAUUUCUAAUUAUUCGUUCAGUCUACGCGGAAACGAAUCUAUCCUUCGUGACAAGUCAGAUUUGAUAAAGGAAAUAAAAAAUGUUUGUCACAGAAAUAAUAUACCGGACGAACAAACGAAAUGCGUCGUCUUUUACAAAGAUAUUGCAAUAUAUUCGUUCGAAGACGAAACUGAACAUUUGUUAGGUUUUACAGACCACCGUGAUGUAUACAGGCUCACACUAUUUCAUGAUGAGAAAGUGAAUGCUUUUCCUGUUUAUAUUCAUAUUUAUGCACACCAAGGAACUGGUUAUACGACUAUCAAAGAGAAAUUGGAAAGACUGAAAUAUUCUGAACUGAAAAUGGUACAAAAGAGAUGUUUCGCGUAUAUUUUUCGUUAUGCGUGUACAGAUUGUAUCGAUGCGGCAACUCGAGCAUUUAGAAAAGUGUUUCCUUUAGUGAAAUACGUUACUUAUAACUUUUUACCGUCCUAUUUAUCAAUUAUCUCAAGCGAAGAAGAGUAUUUUCAUGUAGUGGACGACGAUUCGAUUCCCUGCUCUACAUUAAUGGUUUUCGUCUGGUGGGAAUAAAUUUAUUACAUUAAACUGGUUUUGUUAGAAUUUCUUUUG